AUACAUCAAAAGGAUUUUAAAUCAUUUAUUUCACAGAACAGAAAGUCAUUAGGUUAGACAUUAUUUCAAUGUUAUUCAUCAAAGAAAUAAGUUUUGCAUCUACCAUCUUUGAUUUUCCAUCUCAUAACUGAUUUCAUUUAAUUUUAGGAUAUGUGACAAAAGUCUUGACUGCUGAUAUGGCAACAAUGAAGGGCCAGUAAUGGUCCGUUUGGUGAAGCAAAAAGGAUUUGACAGUGAACUUCGGAGCCAGUCGUUUAAUUCUGCUCAAGUUUAUUUUGUGUAUUUCUUAAUAUUAUUGAUGCCCGUCCUGUCCUCGGCCUCCGUUAGUCAUUGAGGUGAAAAGACCACUAAAUAAAGGCCAACUCUGUGUCGCAGUGUUGGGUCGGGUUGUUCCCACAGUUCAGGGGAAUCACUUUUCUGAGUAAUCUUAAUUCACUGACCUGUUUUUCCUUCCAACAUUUGAACUUCCAGGUAAAUGAAACCAAGGUUUGAUCUAAUUUCCUGUGUCUCCUUUGCUGAACUGCCUCAUUGCAGUUUUCACUGAAACUCUUUACAUUAAAAGGGGGGAAACUGAAAUAAUAUUAUAAAUAUUAUAAUAUUAUUAUAAAAUAAUACAUUCAAAGUGAGCCACUUAUUAAGUUACUAUUUUUUUUACUCCUUUUGGAUGAAUAAAGGAUCACAAACUGUCCUAUCUUGAUCAUACACACUUGUAUCAGUGGAGAACUGGACAUUAAACCUUUAUUUCUCCAAACAGCUCUAGUCAAAAGGUCGCCGUGACUUUCACAGUUCCUGAACCUGAAAAAUCCUGUCAUAGUGGGAAAAAAGAGCAGUGCAUUUCCAAGAAUGUUCAGAUCUUGAAAGCUGUAAAAAAAAUAACAGAAGAUGCUAAAUUAUCCCAAAAAAAAUGACUGUUUCCAAACAAUUAAAAUCUAAAAAUGAAGCUAGAUAAAUACUACAAAGGGCACGUAGUUUUAGCUGAUCGUGCAAGAAACCCAUGAAUUAUUAUCCAACUCUUGCCAAAAAUAAAAAAAAAUAACUAUAAAAGCAAAUUUUCCAAAAGGUCAGACUUCACCCAGCUGUGGUGAAGACAAGGGAGAAAUAUCAAGCUAAAACAAAGCUAUUUGGGGACGCGGAGCAAGAUGGCAGCAUAAGUUCGAGCUCCCUUGUCGAAGGAAAAAAGAAACCUCCCUAAUCCAAGGAAAUCAGUCAAAAUACAAUUCUAACCAGACACGAAAUGAGUGGAGGACGCAAGCAGAGAAGUAUAAGGAAGAAAAUGGCAGAAGUAUACAACCCCGACGCUGAGGAAAUGGAAGAAGAAAGCGGCGACUCGAGUCAGCUACAGGCCGUGUUGGAGGGGCUACAUAACAUCACGGCGGAAAUCCGAGACUUUAAAAAGGAGGGGAAGGAGAACCUCACACAAUUCAAAGACGAAUUCAAAGAGGAGGUGAAGCGAGAAUUUAUGGGCUUUAAAGAAGAAAUUAAGAAAAAAGUGGCACAGAAUGAUGCGGAAAUACAAAAACAACAAGAGGACAUGACCGAGGCGCAGGGCCGCAUAGCAGAGCUGGAAGAGAGCAACACUGAAGCGAAGGCCGCCAUUCUGAACCUUUUAAAACAGCAGAGAAAACUACAAGAGAAGCUAACGGAAUUGGAAGGACACGGCAGACGCUGCAACAUGAGAAUUUACAACGUGGCUGAACAAGAAGGUGAAUUAGUCCAAGAAAGGGUGGAGAAGCUGCUACACCGUGAGCUAGCUCUACCGGCCGGAACCGAGUUACAGAUCCAGCGGGCUCAUAGAAGCUUCGGAAAGAGACCUCCACCCGAAGCUAAUCCCAGGUCCAUAGUGGUUAACUUUCUUAAAUACAAAACCAAAGAAGAAAUCCUGACAAAAGCAUGGAAAAAGAAAAUCCAAGUCGAGGGGAAGCGGAUAUUUUUCGACCAUGAUUACCCCACUGAGGUAAUAGAAAAACGCAAAUCCUACUCCAAGAUUAAAAAGGCUCUGAAAGACCGAAAGAUCCGCUUUCAGACGCCAAUGACUAAAAUACGGAUUCACUGGUCAGACGGGAUCAAGAUUUACAACAACGCAGAAGAAGCUGCAAUAGACAUGAGGAGACGAGGGCUGGAGAUGGAGAACCAGAACGACACCGGACCUUCGCCCGAGGAGAGGAGCCAGACGGCGGCAUCCUGGCAGGAGGACAAGUUUGUUGUUAAAUGGGAAAAAUGGAGCGACUACAGACGCAGGCCGAAUGCCACUCUUGUAUCCAGCUAAAUAUGGACACGGUUGUCCAACAUUGUGUAUGAAGUUGAAUGUAUUGAUGCCUCUCCACUGUAUGUGUUCAGAAAUGUUCAAUAAAAAAUAAGUAUAAAAAAAAAAAAAA